AUGAAAUCGGCGGUAAACCUCGCAGUCUUCGUUGUCGUCGCGCACUCCCCCAACAUGCCCGGGCUUGUCACAGCAACGGGCGUGCUCGGCUUCCUUGCCGAUGAGGAACCCGAACUUAAGGUGUUUGCCCUGCAGACGCUCAACGAUGAUAUCGACACCGUUUGGACGGAGGUUGCUGGUGCUCUCAGCCAAAUCGAGGGACUCUACGAAGACGAAAGCUUCCCUGAGCGUCAGCUGGCUGCCCUUGUCCUCGCCAAGGUCUAUUAUCAUCUGCAGGCAUACAAUGAGAGCAUGACCUUUGCGUUGGCCGCUGGCGAUCUCUUCAAGCUUGAUGCCCCAGGCGAGUUCGAGGAGACUAUCAUCUCCAAGUGUGUUGACCAGUACAUCGCCAUCUCGUCCGCCCAUCACACCCCAUCCAAGCAGUCCAGGAACGACUCUCUUCCCGCUCUCGAGACCACGUUCGCCGCAGGCUCCGCUGACGGAUCUGCCUUGAUCUCCCCCACCACGCCCUUCUCCCAAUCCGCGCUGCCUUCCAAAUCCCUCCUUUCCCGCGCAUCGACCGACAACACAAUGCUCGAUCCGACUUUCCAACCUCCGUCCAAGGAAGGACGAUCCAACUCCAUUGCGCAACUCCCUGACAAGGAUCGGGAACUUGCUCUGCAAAGGGUCAUUGAGCGUCUUUUCGAGGCUUGUCUAAAGGAGGGACGUUACAGGCAAGUCGUUGGCAUUGCCGUGGAAGCCAAGAAUCUUGCUGUUCUCCGCAGGGUUAUUCGACGUGCUAGCGAAGACGAAAAGCGCUCCAAGAGCAAGUCUCAGGAUGCAACACACGGCCCUGCCGAGGAGCUCAUGGAGUAUGCGCUGAGCAUUUGUAUGGAUAUUGUGCAGGAACGCAGCUUACGGACCGAGAUUCUACGACUUAUUCUCGAUCUACUAAACGACAUACCCAACCCAGACUAUUUUGCCAUCGCAAAAUGUGUUGUCUAUCUUGACUCUGAUGAAGAGGCAUCAACAAUGCUACGCAAGCUUGUCACCAAUGGUGACCGGGACUCCAUUGCAAACGCAUACCAGAUUGCCUUUGAUCUUUAUGACAAUGGAACUCAAGAGUUCCUUGCCAAGGUGAUCGAGUCUCUUCCAUCUGGCGAGCCACCAAAGAAGCCAGAGGCCGAGAAGGAAGGCGAAGAGGCAGCGGAAAGCGAGCCACUCUUGAAGGACCAAGAAGAGCCCGCUGAAGAAGAGGUCUCGGAUGAGCUGAGCAAGGCCUACAAGAAUAUCCGCUCUAUCCUGGAUGGCAGUAAAGCUAUCAAGCUGAACUUGGAGUUCUUGUACCGCAACAACCACACCGAUCUGAGCAUUCUGAACAAGGUUCGGGAUAGUUUGGAGAGUCGCAAUUCGAUCUUCCAUACUGCCGUCACAUUCUGCAACGCCUUCAUGAACGCCGGUACCACGCAUGAUAAAUUCUUCCGUGACAAUCUGGAAUGGCUUGGAAAGGCAGUUAACUGGUCCAAGUUCACUGCAACAGCCGCUUUGGGCGUUAUCCACCGUGGUAAUCUGAGCCAAUCACGCAAACUGCUCGAGCCCUACCUGCCGCGACAAGGCGGUAUCAACAGCGGCUCAAUCUUCAGCCAGGGCGGUGCGCUCUAUGCCUAUGGCCUCAUUCAUGCCAACCAUGGUGCAGAUGCUCUAGACUAUCUCCGCAACCAGUUCCUGUCAGCCGAAGAAGAGGUGAUCCAGCACGGUGGUGCUCUAGGACUUGGUAUUGCAGGCAUGGCUACAGGUUCUGAAAAUAUCUUUGAUAAUCUCAAAGAUGUUCUAUAUGCCGACUCUGCGCUGAAUGGCGAGGCUGUUGGUCUUGCGAUGGGUUUGAUUAUGCUGGGCACUGGCAAUGCCAAUGCCCUACAGAUCAUGUUCACUUAUGCUCAUGAGACGACUCAUGAGAAGAUCGUACGUGGUUGCGCCAUCGGUAUGGCCCUCAUCAUGUUUGGCCGCCAGGAAGGUGCCGAUGUGAUGAUUGAGGGUCUGCUGAACGACCCUGAUCCGACUCUGAGAUACGGAGGUAUUCUCACUGUUGCCAUGGCGUAUUGCGGCACCGGAAGCAACAAGGCUAUUCGCAAGUUGCUGCACACUGCCGUCAGCGAUGUGAAUGACGAUGUCCGCCGAAUCGCCGUUAUGUCUCUUGGUUUCAUCCUCUUCCGGAAACCUGGAAGCGUUCCUCGCAUGGUGGAGCUUCUCUCCGAGUCCUACAACCCUCACGUCCGUUAUGGUUCUGCCAUGGCACUGGGUAUCUCUUGCGCGGGUACUGGCCUCGACGAGGCAAUCGACUUGCUUGAGCCUAUGAUGAAGGACCCUACUGACUUCGUCCGCCAAGGCGCUCUGAUUGCCCUAGCUAUGAUCAUGGUUCAACAGAACGAAGUCAUGAAUCCCAAGGUCGCUUCCAUCAGGAAGACGCUGAAGAAGGUCGUUGGCGAUCGUCACGAGGAUGCCAUGACAAAGUUUGGUGCAUCCUUGGCUCUUGGUAUCAUUGAUGCCGGCGGUCGCAACUGCACUAUUGGCUUGCAGACACAGACCGGCAACCUGAACAUGGCAGGCAUUGUGGGUAUGGCUGUAUUCACCCAGUAUUGGUACUGGUUCCCAUCCACCCACUUCCUGUCCCUGUCCUUCGUGCCUACGUCUGUAAUCGGUCUCGAUCACGACCUCGAGAUCCCCAGUUUCAAGUUCCACUGCGCUACGCGACCCAGUCUAUUUGACUACCCGCCCGAACAGGAGGUCAAGACUGAAGAGGGCCCUACCUUGGUCACAACUGCUGUCUUAUCUACCACAGCACAAGCCAAGAGACGAGCUCAACAGAAGGAACGUGCCGCUAGACGUGAGAGCAUGGAUAUUGACUCCACUCCAACCGUGGCCAAGACUUCGGCACCGCCUGCUGGGGAUAAGAUGGAGGUGGAUGAUGACAAGAAGGCCAAGCCAGGUGAGGAAUCAAAGGACAAGAAGGAGGGUGAAGGUGAGAAGGAGGCUUCUGCGACGCCAGAUGGUAAGAAGAAGACCGAGAAAGAGAAGGUCGGCUAUGAGGUUGAGAACAUGUCACGCGUCCUCCCAGGCCAGCUGAAGUACAUCAGCUUCCCCGCCGGGCGAUACAGGCCGGUCAAGAAGCCAACCGGUGGACCCCUCCUCCUUCAGGAUACUCAGCCGGAUGAGCCCAAGGAGCUUCUUGAGGAGAAGUUGAAGAAGGUUACGACCGAGAGGGCUCCGGUUGCGGGCCAGACCCCUGGCGGUGGUGCCUCCAGCUCUCGUCUCGGCGCUACCCCUGGGUUGGACCGCACUUCCUCGGGCUAUCGCCAAGCAGUUGAUCGAGCCCUACGCGAAGGUGGUCCUGGUGUUAACGCAAUCAACGAGCUCCUUCGUCGCAGUGGCCAGACUGAUGGUCUCCGUGCCCUCGACUUGUUUGGAGGUGCUGGUGGGCGUGAUGCUGAUGAGAGUGGUGCAGCAGCAGCAGCAGGUGUGCUCACCGCUGUCGAUGAGGAUGAGGAGGGUGCUGAGGAGGCCGCUGUUCCCGACGACUUCGAGUACUUCACAGAAGGCGAUGACGAUGAGGAGCUGUAA